GCAAAAACAAAACCCUAUUUACUCCAGUGAAUCUUGGACAAGUGGCUGCACAGCAGUGGUAAGGCAGCCAUGUUUCUCUAAGCUCACACCCUCUUGUCUCCACCUGCUUCUCAGCACAGCGAGCACACACUCAGGAGGAUGGAUUGGAGAAUGACAGAGGACGCAGAGGUGGAAGUCAACCUGUCGCCAACCUCCGAGACCGAGCAACAGGCUCCACAUUUUCUACGAGAUGUUAUCUUCCACGGCAAGUUUAAGCUGCUAAAGGCUUUAACUCCAGAGGAAACCUCGCACAGUCAACAAGGCCUUUACCUCCAGGACGGUCAGCGGCGUAUUGACUAUGUCCUCACCUACAAUGUGAAGAAGCCGGGUGGCGGGCGUUCGAUGCGACACUCGACAUACCUGCUGACUGAAAAUGCUGUGGCCCGUAGUUUGCGUCGUAGCCACCACAAACGUGACAAACGUGCUCGUCUUCACCAAGCACAGAAGGCGAAGGCCCAGUUGUCCCCACCAUCACCAACAGUGGCCGACGUGGAGCUGGGCUGUGCUGGAGAGACCCUCAACGGCCACGAGGACCACAAGGCCUUCAGGAGGGAGGAGUUUGAGGCUAAACUCAGAGACAUGGGACUCGUGCUGGAGAAGGACGAAGACGGCAAGAUCCCAGGGUUGGGUUUCGUGAAGAUUCACGCUCCUUGGAAUGUUCUCUGUCGAGAGGCUGAAUUCAUGAAGCUGAAAAUGCCCACCAAGAAGGUGUAUGAAGUCAAGCAGUCGAGCAGUGUCGUGGAGAAGAUCAGUUCUCUGGUCAGCAAAGCUCUGGAGCCUUUACACCCUCAUGUUGAGGAGCAUCGACCCAAGAACAUCAAACAUCUGUCUCACACUUUCACAAGGGAGAAAUUACACCUGUUUGACCUGUCUGACAAAGACAGCUUCUUUGACAGCAAAACCAGGAGCUCAAUAGUUUUUGAAAUACUGAAAAGAACAACAUGCACGGCAAAAUACAGCAUGGGUAUCACCAGUCUGCUUGGCAGUGGAGUCUACACGGCAGCUUACCCUCUACAUGAUGGAAAUAUCAAUAAGGAAAGUCCAGAGUCCAGUGACAGAAAGCUUUUGUAUGAAGAGUGGGCAAACUACGGUGUCUUCUACAAAUACCAGCCCAUUGGACUUGUGCGGAAGUAUUUUGGUGAGAAGAUUGGUCUAUACUUUGCCUGGUUGGGCCUGUAUACCCAGAUGUUGAUUCCUGCCUCCUUAGUGGGGGUCAUAGUUUUCCUGUAUGGAUGUGCAACAGUUGAUGACAACAUACCAAGCAUGGAGAUCUGCCACCCAAGGAACAACAUCACCAUGUGCCCUCUGUGCGACAAAGUGUGCAGCUACUGGAGACUCAGCACAGCCUGUGGAACCGCUCGGGCCAGCCACCUGUUCGACAACCCUGCCACCGUUUUUUUCUCUAUAUUCAUGGCACUGUGGGCUGCCAUGUUCAUGGAGCAGUGGAAAAGAAGGCAGAUGAGACUGAACUACGAGUGGGACCUGACUGGGUUCGAAGAUGAGGAGGAGGCUCUCAAGGACCAUCCGAGGGCUGAAUAUGAAUUCAAGGUGAUGCAGAAAUCUAUGAGCAAAGAUAAAAAAACCAAGCACAAGGUGGAAAAGCUCACCUUUCGAGACCGCCUUCCUGCCUACAUGACUACUGUUGUCAUGAUGUUGUUGAUGAUUGGUGUUACCUUUGCUAUUGUGUUCGGAGUGAUUCUCUACCGGAUCUCCACCAAAGCCGCGCUCCAUAUGAGCUCCAAUCCAGUCACACGGAGCCACGUGCAACUGACAGUAAAAACCACUGCAGCCAUCAUCAACCUGGUGGUCAUCCUCAUUCUGGACGAGGUGUAUGGUGCCGUAGCACGGUGGCUCACUGUGUUAGAGGUUCCUAAAACAGACAAGAGUUUUGAGGAGCGGCUUAUCUUCAAGACCUUCAUCCUAAAGUUUUUCAAUGCUUUCACUCCGAUCAUCUACAUUGCUUUCUUCAGGGGAAGAUUGGUUGGCAGACCAGGCAGCUACUGGUAUGUGUUUGAAUCCUACAGAAUGGAAGAGUGUACUCAUGGAGGCUGUCUGAUGGAACUGUGUAUCCAGCUGAGUAUCACCAUGUUGGGAAAGCAGCUAAUUCAGAACAACCUUUUUGAGAUUGGAGUGCCCAAACUAAAGAAGCUGAUUCGCUACAUUCGGUCAAAGCAAGGUGGUUUUCAAGAAGAAGAGAGAAAGAAGAAACUGCUGAGAUAUGAAACAGACCACUUCCUGGAGCCAUUUGCUGGAUUAACACCUGAAUAUAUGGAAAUGAUCAUCCAGUUUGGUUUUGUUACACUGUUCGUGGCCUCCUUCCCCCUGGCUCCGCUCUUCGCUCUGCUCAACAACAUCAUUGAAAUACGACUUGAUGCCAAGAAAUUUGUGACUGAGCUGCGGAGACCAGUGGCAGCACGAGCCAAAGACAUUGGAAUAUGGUACGACAUACUGAGAGGAGUAGCAAAAGUGGCUGUCAUCAUCAAUGCCUUUGUCAUCUCCUUCACCUCAGACUUCAUACCGCGCAUGGUCUACCAGUACAUGUACAGCCCGGAUGGCUCCAUGCAUGGAUUUGUGAACCACACGAUGUCCUAUUUUAAUGUCAGCCACUUCCAGGAUGGUAAAGAACCCAUGGAGCCAUUGUACCUUGGAUAUCCCGUUGAGAUUUGCAGGUAUAAGGACUACAGAGAGCCUCCUUGGUCACUGACUCCAUAUGAAAUCUCCAAGGAGUUCUGGACAGUGCUGGCUGUGCGACUGGCCUUUGUCAUUGUUUUCCAGAACGUUGUGUUGCUGAUGAAUGACGUUGUAGACUGGCUAAUCCCGGACAUCCCGAAGGACAUCAGCCUCCAGAUCCACAAGGAGAAGAUUCUAUUGGUAGAACUGUUCAUGAAAGAGGAGCGAGUCAAGAGCCAUAUCCUUGAGAGCAGAGUCUCAGCAGGAGGCCCUGCUUUCUGCAGCAGGAGCAACAACAACAACAAUUACACAACAGCUCACCCGCGCUCUUCUCUGCACACCAACAGCACCAAGAGCUUCUGAUGCUUUUAACAGGGAUUUUUUUUUUUGGUUCACUCUUGGUGAGCAAGUCUUAGCUUGCUAGCAGCCUGCUUGCUCAGGCCAAGUUAAACUCUGUGAUUUUGUUCUUGUUCGGAACAUUCCAACAACUGGGAGAGCAGCUGGUUGACGAUGCAUGAGGAAAGUAAAUGUUGGGCCAAAUGUGUGUGGAGCGCAGCAAAACUGUACAGCGAUCUGUACAUGUGCACACAUUUGUGAACGUGUACAAAGAUCUCUACAUGUGUUGUCAGAUUUGUGACUGUGUAUGGGAAUCUUUGAAUGUGUGUAUUCAGGGUUUUAUUCAAAACGUUCAUUUAAAACAGUGUAAGAUAACAUACUAGUGGUGUACAUUUAGGAACAUGACGCUAAGUAAGUAACAAAAAGAGAAAACAUAGAGACAGACAACCAUUCACUCUUACAGGUAUAUUUAGACACUCACCAAUUAUUCUUCAUGAGGAAAACCUGGAAACUUUGAAUCCUGGUUUGACCAACCUGGAUUCUUAUCUCAGUAUACAGAUCCUGCAUUUGAACACACAAAGUCUGUUGGUGAGGAUUUUGGGAUCCAAAGGCGUUCUGGUUUCUGUGUCUAGUUUGUUUGACCAAGCAUUUUUGAGUUUCUGUCUGCAUGGAGAGCAAAAGAUGGACUGACAUCUGUCAGGCAUUUUCUAUAGCAUAUUAGCCCAAAAACGUGCUAGUUGUGUGGCAAUAUUUUUUCUCACAUUGCCAGUUGGAAUUCAAAAUGGUAUCCACUAUUAUAUACUGGAAGCCCCGAAAAAUGGAUCAUUUGUAACCACACAAGAGCCAGUGGAUGGUGAGAUGAUGUGGACUGAGAAUUGUCUUGCUGUAAAGGCCCUGGUAUACCUCCGCACACUGUGCGCAUGAUGCGAAUUGCGUCAUCAACGCGCAACAUGCUCACCACGCAGAAAAAACAUUCUCGACAACAGAAGAAGUAGUCCUCAAGGAUAGUCUUCCGAGCUUCGACCUGGCGACCCCCGAACCAGCUGACACCCUGACUCCCCUGCCCAACAGGCAUUUCAGCUGUGAGCCGCUCGAACCAGUAUAUCCGAGGGAGCUGUAGCAUCGUUCUUUUCUUUGGUAGGAACACGUCCUAUUCCCUACGUCCAGACGUGUACCGCCACCCGAUGGUAUAGUGAGAUACUACAGGACCCUGAUGUGUGAGUAUACCAGGGUCCCCAAUGUGUGACUCAAAAUUCGAAAGUAUACCAGGGCCUGAAGUCCACUGUGUCGAUCAUAGCACCAGUGUGUCACCAGUGAGUAUUGUCUAAAGCAUAAAAUGAUUUUUAUAACUAUUUAAAGCAAUACCAUCACUGGACCCAUGGAGCAUUCAAACCCCAAAUAAAAUCAUAUUAUCUGAGUGAAAAAAGUGCCUUGUGCUACACACCUGCUGUACCUGACAGUUGUGGUUGUUUAUAUGUGAAGCUUAUAUGCAGCACUAGCACAUCUGCAUGUCUGCAGAAGUCCGUUAUGGUUUGUUAGAUGUAAAUGUCCUCAUUUAUCCAUGUCCGCGGCAGUUUCUGCAGACAUUUUGCAGCGGACGUACACAAGCAUUUUCUGACUGUGUAGCCUCUACCCUCUGACUUUGCAUGCUACCUGUACUACAUCCACUUUCCACAGUAACCAUGGAGGCAAGCUUGAGGUGAUGCUUGAAGGUCAAGGUUUGUACCCACACAUGUACAACCAUUGCUCAAAUAAUAAAAGGAGAUAUAAAAGAGGGCAAACUCCUGGCAAGAAAUCCCCUGUAUUGGAAUGGAAUACAAGAUUGAGUCUGCACCAAUAGAGCGCAAGACUAAUGUGAACCCUUGCGUUACUAUGAUUGGAUCUGCCUACAUGUGUACAUGAAAAUGUAUGUCCCAGGCUAAAACAAAUCUGCUAUGGGGAGCAUCCAAACCAGUGAUGCAGUGCAGCUACAAAUGCUACCAUAGCUGACUGUAUACAACAUGCAGAAACAGGCGAAGCCACAUUUCCAUUACUUCCCUCAUCAGUGCUAACUUUACAACCUGAAAGACCAUUGGCAUGCACAGGCGGGGCAAUCGCCCCCUACUGUACAUGACAGCGUCCCAAAGAGUGUCCUUAGAGAAAAAGAUACUCAGUGCUGUACAGAAAAUGUCCACAACACUGUGACAGAAAGUGAUGCUGUGCUGUAAAUGAUGUCCCUGUAUAGGUUUACACAGGUGUGUGAGAAUGUGGGAGGUUAUAUUCUAGUGGUGCCUCCUUCAUCUUUGUGCACUAGGUGCCCUUUUAAUCUUUGCCCCUGCCCUCCCAAAUGUCUUUGCACACCCCUGUGAAAAACUUUCUGAAUAUCUACAAAUUGGUAAAAUAAAACAACAUUAAUGGAU